AUGGCCUUUUCUUCUUCCCAACCAAGCGCAGGCUUUGACGGUGGCCAGGCGUCAACUGUUCAACUCGGCCCCGAGCUACAGGAAAUUCAAACACAGGCACGUUGUACCAGAAAUGAAGUUGGCUUCCUUUCCAUUGCUGGGGACUCGAAAGUUAGGCUUUUUCCCACGCCAUGGCCAAGCGACUCUCUUCCUUCCCCCUCCUGCUCUUUGUUGAGCGUAGCGUCUGUAAAGGGCUUGCUCGCAGCUGCUGGGCCUGAAGGCCUUAUAAUAGCAAGUACGGAUUCUGUCAGAAAAGCUUAUACCGCAGACACGACUGGGGUCAGCAAUGUCAGGCAAUUUCAACCGCAACUACAAAUUCCUCUCCCACAAAAAGUGUCGCAUGUGGCAUUCUCUGCAGAUGAGAAUGUACUUGUCGUAGCUGCGGCAGAUGGCAGUGGAUUGAUAGCAUAUCAAGUGAUUUCCUUGAUGCAGGGCAAUUCACAACCUGCCCUUACUAUUCCUUUGAACGGAGCAAGGCUACGAGCGCUGGCUCCGAAUCCCAUGCUUGCCGAGUUGUUUGCUGCGGUAACAACGGAGGGAGAGCUAUUGAUGGCUAAUUUGCAAACUAGUCAGCUUGUCCAAGGUCCCUCGGGUCUAGUUUUAAAAACAGGUGUGAGCUGCAUCUCAUGGAGUAACCGGGGGAAGCAAUUAGUAGCUGGAUUAGGGAAUGGAACCGUAUGUCAGAUGACUCCUGAAGGGGAGAUGAAAGCGGAGAUCCCCAGACCUCCAGAUUUGAUUGAAGAUAAACAUGUCUCCUCUAUUUCGUGGCUUGAGAAUCAUGUCUUUUUCGUUGUUUAUACCCCAACGUCCUCAUCAGAAGGCCAGCCGGAAUCAACAUACUAUAUUAUAAAUCGCCAACCACCAGAUAAUUACACUUUCCAAAAACUACCAGAGGUCUGCCCACCUUGGGGUCUCGAACGGAACCCUGCCUACCAAUUUAUUGGCCGUUUGAGAGAUUUUAAGCCCGAACUCAAGGAUGCAUUGAUUGUCUCAUCGACAGCCUCAACAGAUAUAGCGCUUCUAACGAAAUCUAGCAAGCCGUUAGCCGAAGAAGGGGGCGUGCCUGUCACCGAUGCAUUUACUGUUACAACAAUGUCGGAAGAUUCAAGAAGAGCCGAACUCCCCCUAACAGAUGAUUCUGAGAAUACCUCUCCUAUCGGACUGGCAAUUGAUUUGUCGAGUAAAGAUAUUGUUUCCUCUCCCAUUCCUGGAGAAGAUAUCCAGGAUUCUGGAAUUCCUCUACCCAACGUUCUGGUACUCAAUAAUGAUGGCGUAUUGUCAUCCUGGUGGUUUGUGUACUCCGAGUCGAUUCGACAGCGCGUGCCCUAUCAUGGCCUUGUCGCCGCUGGAGUUGAACAGUCGGUGCAACAAUCGCAGCCACAGCAAAACCCGUUAGCAUCGUCGAUGUUAGCCCCUCAAACUCCCAAGCCUUUCGGGCAAUCCCCUUUUGGGCUAUCAUCAACAUCACCCUUUGGGUCUCCCUCAGGUCUAGGAGCAAACCGCCCGUCUGCCUUCGGGCAGCCAGCGCUUAGUUCACAACCUUCCUGGGCCACGCAGGGAUUUGGCCAAUCUCAAUCACCCAGCCAGUCGGCUCCAGCAACCAGUAGUUUUGUCUCACUGACUCCUUCAUUCGGCAGCCCAAAUUUGUUAGGCCAGCGAUCUUCCGCGUUUGGUCAGCCACCCUUUUUGGGUAAACCAGCAACCGCCUCUCCAUUUGGGUCCGGGUUUGGUGCGUUCAGCGGUUCUUCUGGCGGUACAGGAACCGAGACAAGUAAAUUACCCACUCAGCCAUUUAGUGGUUCCAGUGGAGGGUUUGGAUCCUUUGCAGCUGCUAGCGAUAGUUUUGCUACUGUUAAAGCUUCUCAGCCCUCCGGAGGGAGCAUUUUUGGGAAACCUCCGGUUGGCGAAAACCCAUUUGCGAAAGCUGGACAACCAAUCUUUAGCUCUGUACAGAACACAGUAUCAUCGCCUGUUCCUCCUAAAACCCAGCCAUCUCCGUUCGGAGCAUUCAAUCAAAGUUCUGGAUUCAAAACAGAUACGAUAACUACCAUGGAUGAAGAUAAACCGGAGGAAUCAAAGGGUGCAUUUUCCUUCGCCAACAUGAUGACCUUCGAUGAGCCCACCGAGAAAAAAUCUGUUUCGCCGAAAGCUUCUCCUCCGCCAUCCCUACCUGCCAUCUCCUCUCUACUGCCCAAACCAGCGAGUCCGGAACCUCAAACGCCUCAAAAUAGUGUGCCACCUCCCACAGAUUUGUUUGCCGCGCCUCAUCCUUCUAAGCUUUCGUCGUCAGUUCAGACGAAAGAACUAACCUCCCCUUUCGGAAAACUUCCGGCCUCCAUGGCACCACCCAAAGAGACCGAGAAGCCAUCCCUAUCGACUCCUUCUCUACCAGAUGAAUCCAGCCUAUCGGAGUCUACGGUCAAAGUCGAACACCCUAGCGACAAGGAGGAAACACCAAUACCAAAACUAGCUGAGCCUCCUCUUCCCCCAGACCCAACAAGCAGAGCGGCUUACGCUCCUGGAGAUACAUCGGCUUCUUCGUCUAGUGUAUCCAAAGUUUCCUUCGAAGAGGCCCCAUUACCCCCGGAUUUCAUACCCGCGAAGAAGGAAGGGACUUCGAACGAAGUCGCGGUUGCGUUGCCUGCAGAAUCCUAUGAAGGGGAAUCAGCUGAUUUUGAAGAUAGUGGAGAAGAAGUGGCGGGUGAUAUUAGCCCUGUUGAAGAAACCGAUGGACAGCACGUCCAAAGUCUUAAAACAUCACCAGAAAGUUCGUUCGGUGGCCCUGCUGUGCAGAGUCCGGAUAGUUCCAUGUUCACAAAGGUUCCCUCACUGGUCCAACAACUAAGGGAACCAAAGCAACUUUUUGGUGAAAUCACGCAACCCAUCUUCCCCUCCCCUAAACUUCCGGAUGGACGCAUACGUUUAACACCAAGGUCACCGAGUCCAGUCCGUCGGUCUCUUCUAGGGCUAUCCUCAGCAAGAGAUGGCUUACGAGCUACCAGCGCACCUAGCGCCCCUGGUCGUGCAUUAGCUCAGAGGAAAGUGACUCUCGAGAGUUCUAUGCUGUCAAAACAAGUUGAACUCCCAGCUGACGACGAAGGCCAAACCGAGGAGCUUAGUCGCCAAGCUCAGCGGUUAGCGGCUGAAUCCCAACCACUGAGCGAAGAUGACGAGGAUGAGCAACUCCGCACUGAUCUAGCACGACCAUUAUCACCAGCACCCACAUUGGACCCUUUUCUUCCUCACCAGGAUUACACAGGGGAAAGUUUGAAGCCUGGAAUACCAGGCCAAAUUGAACGGUUAUAUCGGGACAUCAACUCCAUGAUUGACACCCUAGGGAUCAACUCAAGGUCCCUAUCGUCAUUCUUACUAUAUCAGCACACAGCCAAAGAGCCAAAUUACAAACACUGGCUAACUACUCUACAAAGUGAGCAUCCAAGUGAUAUUUUAGAAGACCAGCUUCUUUUAUCCGAGGUCGAUAAGCUGGCUGCGGGGAUAAAGGAAUUGAAUUCAUUAUUACAACAACAGCAAUUGCAAAAAGUUGAAGAAACUUUAGAAAACUGCCAACGGCUAUUUAGCAAAGAUCUCGUGACUCUACGCGGCCAAUGCGCAAGCCUGCGACGAAGUAUUGACGCCCACGUCGACACUGUGGCCAUCGCUUCAGCGCCUCUAUCUGCUGAACAAGCGACUCUGCAACAAGACUUACGACAAGCGUCUACAGAAGUACAAUCAAAGAUGGCUAAUCUGGAGAAAGAAAUAUCCCUCCUUCGCGCCAAGAUCGCCGAUUCUGCAAAACCAGAUUCUGACGGGUCAAGCAUCAACGGCUCCACCGGACGUAGGUCCAUGGCACGACCUACUGUCGAAGCUGUCACAUCAACUAUUGCGACCAUGACUAACAUGGCGGAAAAGAAACGCAGUGACAUCGACGUUCUUGAAGCUCAACUUCGCAGGCUUGGCAUUGACGUCUCCGGUGCCAGUGGUGGUCCAGCGGGUACGGGUUCUGCCAGAUCUCGAAGUCGUGAAGCUUCACCUUUCCUCACGCCACCACGUGGACAACGGGGGCUUUCCAGAGUGCCAGUCACGCCCGGCUCGCGGGGUUCCGUGGACGGUGCGGUCGGAACGAGGAGCGCGUACCAUACCCCUGAGUCUGCCACGAGGGCUCAUGUACGUUUCCGGUCUAGUUUACUUGGUAGUGCUGGGAAGAAAAGCAGCUUGUUGCACAGUGUUAGCGGGCCUGGCGAGUUAGUUCUUGCCUCAGAGGAAGACACGCAACGGUGGAUGGCUAAGACUAAACGUCGGCGUGAGAUCGUGGGGCAUGUGCGGACGGCACUGGUGGAUGGUACCAGAAAAGCUAGAGUGAGAGGGAUGGAUGAGAUAUGA